GCUGGGAGCAGCUACUUCCGCCAGGAGUCCCUAGCGGCCAGGGCUCGGAAACCGGCUCUAAAACAGCUUCCUCCUUCUCCUCUCGGCCCGCCCAUCCAGGCCAGGUCCCCAGGUUGGGCGGCGGCUGCUGGGCCUGUCGCGGGGACUUUCUCUCGGGCCUAGUCCUUGGUCCGCGGAGGACCGGGAGGUGCGGCAGAAACACCCCGGCAGCCAGUGACAGUGGCCGCAGGCCUCGCCGGGCCCACCCUGGCCUGGGGCGGGGCCCGGCCUUCCCGCCCAGGACCCCGCCCCUCCGGCCAGCCCCGCGCCGGAUCAUUCUCUUCAGCCCUGCGGCGGUGUAACCGCCUUCCACCCCCGGGACGCGGCCGUCCCCUGGCUCCGGCCGCUGGGGACCAUGGAGUUCGCGGAGCUGAUUAAGACCCCGCGGGUGGACAAUGUGGUGCUCCACCGACCAUUCUAUCCAGCCGUUGAGGGGACCUUGUGUCUAACUGGCCACCACCUGAUCCUGUCCUCCCGGCAGGACAACACGGAGGAGUUGUGGCUCCUCCAUUCAAACAUCGAUGCCAUCGACAAGCGAUUUGUGGGGCCACUGGGUACCAUCAUCAUAAAGUGUAAAGAUUUUCGAAUAAUUCAGUUGGAUAUUCCUGGAAUGGAGGAAUGUUUGAAUAUAGCCAGUUCCAUUGAGGCAUUAUCUACCCUGGACUCCAUCACUCUGAUGUACCCUUUCUUUUACCGGCCCAUGUUUGAAGUGAUAGAAGAUGGCUGGCAUUCUUUCCUUCCUGAGCAAGAAUUUGAGCUCUACUCUUCAGCUACCGGUGACUGGAGGUUAAGCUAUGUUAAUAAGGAAUUUGCGGUCUGCCCCUCUUACCCGCCAAUUGUCAUAGUACCCAAAUCCAUUGAUGAUGAAGCUCUUCGGAAAGUGGCUACAUUUCGACAUGGAGGACGCUUCCCAGUACUCAGCUAUUAUCAUAAAAAAAAUGGAAUGGUAAUUAUGCGAAGUGGUCAGCCACUGACUGGCACAAAUGGGAAACGGUGCAAAGAAGAUGAGAAGCUGAUCAAUGCUACCCUCAGAGCAGGAAAGCGUGGCUACAUCAUUGAUACUCGUUCUCUAAAUGUAGCUCAGCAAGCUAGAGCCAAAGGAGGCGGCUUUGAGCAAGAAGCUCAUUAUCCCCAGUGGAGGCGGAUUCAUAAGUCCAUUGAGAGGUAUCACAUUCUUCAGGAGAGCUUAGUCAAACUUGUGGAAGCUUGCAAUGACCAAACACAUAACAUGGACCGAUGGCUUAGUAAAUUGGAGUCUUCCAACUGGCUGACUCACAUCAAAGAGAUUCUGACAACUGCCUGUCUAGUGGCUCAGUGUAUCGACAGGGAAGGAGCAUCCAUAUUGAUUCAUGGAACAGAAGGCACUGAUUCCACACUUCAGGUGACCUCCCUGGCCCAGAUCAUCUUGGAACCAAGAAGCAGGACCAUCCGUGGUUUUGAGGCCCUGAUAGAAAGAGAGUGGCUGCAGGCUGGUCACCCGUUCCAACAGCGCUGUGCACAGUCGGCCUAUUGUAGUAGUAAGCAGAAAUGGGAGUCACCUGUAUUUCUUCUCUUCUUGGAUUGCGUGUGGCAGAUACUUCGUCAGUUCCCUUGUUCUUUUGAAUUUAAUGAGAAUUUCCUCAUCAUGCUCUUUGAGCAUGCUUAUGCCUCACAAUUUGGAACGUUUCUGGGCAACAAUGAAAGUGAAAGAUGUAAGUUGAAGCUACAGCAGAAAACGAUGUCUCUGUGGUCGUGGGUCAACCGGCCCAGCGAGCUGAGUAAACUCACCAACCCUCUGUUCGAAGCCAACAGCCUCGUCAUCUGGCCUUCGGUCGCUCCGCAGAGUCUGCAGCUCUGGGAGGGUAUUUUCCUGCGUUGGAACAGAUCCUCCAAGUAUUUGGAUGAAGCAUAUGAAGAAAUGGUUAACAUCAUUGAAUAUAAUAAGGAAUUACAAGCAAAAGUAAAUCUCCUUAGGAGGCAGUUGGCAGAACUGGAGACUAAGGAUGGGGUGCAGGAGAGUCCCUGAAAGGUGUCCCCACUCCUGUGUAAGAACCUUCCCACACCCGAAUCCCACCUCUCUCUCCUUUUGAUCUUCAGCUCACUUUUACAUAGUGGCCUUGAACUUAAGGCUUUACAUGUGAGAACCCUCUAAUCUAAUGGAUUUCUCAAUACUUUAUGAAUGCAAUUUACUAUAAUUACACAUGUUUCAUGUGGCCUCUUAGGCCUUUUUACUUUGGGAGCAGGAAGGAGGUGCUAGUUAUUUUAUUUUAUUCUAUGUGAACCAGGUGACCUAUGUAAUACCAUUAGUGUUAUGCACCAUUUCAUCAUAAGCUUUCUGUGUCUACUUUCCAAACAGUGCUUCAGACCAGUCAAGGUUAUGACUAAUCUCUUUAGGGGAUAUGUUAAUUUAAAAAAAGGAUCAGAUGCUUAAACACUUUGAAAAUAUAAAUAUUUUUCAAAACUGAAAUGGUAGAUAAACCAAGAAUGUUACGUUUAACAUGCCAUUUCCAAUACCUUUGCCAUUCUCUUUAAAAUAGUUUUGGAAUAACAAAGAUGAACUCAGUCUCACUCUGGUUUGUCAGGAGAGGAAAUUCUGAAUAUUUAUUCAAGGUAAAUUAUUUUUACAAGGCAACAGGUAUAGUCCUCUGCUAUUUACCUUAAGAAGUAAAUUUAACAGUAGACAGUAAAAGUAUGUGCAAUAUAGAAAUAAAGUAGGAAUUUGUUACUGAUAUGGUAUUGUUACUGUUGAAUUGGUUUUUCAGGUUUUUAUCAUACAUAUUAAAUAUGUAUCAGAUGCAGGAUGUAACAUUGAACCAUCAUUUAUAAUCGAUGUUAAUUUGUUAUAAUUAAGCUACAAAUAUGGUUUCCUUAAACCAGAGAUACACUGCCCUUGUCUGACAUUCUCAUUGCACUGGUUUAUGUAUAUAUGUGUAUGUUUUAUUUGUUUUGUUUUAUUUUUAAGUAUUCUAAGUGUUUACGAAUACUAAAAUUACAACUUUCAUGGUGGUGUGAGCCUUUGAAAAUGUAUCUGGGCUCUGCUGAUUUGUCCAUUAUAUGUUAGGCAAAUGUAAUUUAAGUGGAGGUGAAAGAUUAUGAACAUGAUGCAGCUAUGUUUUAAACUUCAGAUUGAAAUGUUUCAAUGUUAUAGGAAAAGUGAUGACUAAACUUACGCUGUGCUAGUUCAUGCCUGAAACUCAAAGUUUGCAAUUCAGUGCUUUCCAUGUACGUUUCUGUUUUGUGGAAUUGCCCAUUUUAACAAAUACUGUCAAUUCCCGUUAUUCUUUAAAAAGAUAGUUGAAAAAUAAUCAUUAAUACCAUUUCUACCCCAUCUACAUAUAACCAUUUCAGUGUAAAACAUACCAAGUCUGAACCCUGCUUUAGAGCUAUGUAUUGAGCUAAAAAUACAAUUUUUAUAAAUGGGCUCUAUCAGAAUCUAUGGCCACAUUCAGCUUUAGAAAGUGACAAAUUCAUUGUAUCCCCAGUUCCCCAAGUUUUAUCUUUUUUCUGUCUCCUCAGACUUGCAGCUGGACAACAAUCCAUAGUCAGAACUCUCUUUUGGUAAAUGUGCCUGCCUUCUCCUAUCAACUCCGUUUUGUUCUCAACUUAUUUUCUUGGCUAUAGUUGUGAAUCUCGGGCAUUAAAGCCCUCACCAAAAGGCUAAGGCAAGGAACAAAGGAGGUGUACUAUCCUGUUAUAUAUAUAUAUACCUCUGUGUUGUGUGAAAUGUCUAUCUUUUUUAAAAGAGGAAACACCCUAGCGUUUUUAUGGCCCCUCAAAAUUGCUUGCUGCUUUAUUCAGGCAGUUGACUUUUUUGUUUUCUCCUAAUUUGUCCCAAGACUACAUAUGAAGAAGGUGCCCCUUCUCUGUUAAUGGACCCAUAGGAAAACCUAGACAUUUCUCUUUUUUUAGUAAUUUUUUAAUAAGUGGCCCCCCACUAGUGUUAUUGAUUGGCCAUAUGGCUUCUAUGGGUUUUAACUUUUAGGUGGAGUUUUUAUUAGGUUUGGUCAUGGAGAAAUUGUAUGCCGUUAAUUUAUACCCACCUUCCUGAUGCACAUUUUAUGUGUGAGCCAGAGUACAAUAGCAUAGUGUUUUAAUUUCGUUUUAUUUCUUUUAUUGAGACAGCAGUCUUAAGCUGUUUGGACAAGUUUGCAUUUUAGUAUUAAUUUAUAAUUAGAGACUAGAGACCCGGUGCAUGGAUUAGUGCACAGGUGGGGUCCCUUGGCUGGCCUGCGGGGAUUGGGCCAAAACCAGCUCUCCAAUAUCCCCGAAGGGGUCCCGGAUUGCGAGAGGGCAGUUCUUGAGUGAUGCGCCCCAGAAUCGGUCUCCCUCCUCUCUGGUUCCAGGUGUGUCACCCAAGAACUGCAGCUGCCAAGUCACUGCAGCUCAGCAGCUCCUGUGUUGAGCGUCUGCCCCCUAGUGGUCAUUGCGGUCAUAGCUACUGGUCGGACAGUCGAACGUUAAGACGGUCGCUUAGGCUUUUGUAUAUAUAGACUGUCCAAAUCACAGUUCUGAUUAUAGCUUGUAAAAACAAACUUUGGUGUAAAGGAGUGCACUUUCAAAGGAGUCAUCUAAUUAUGUGAAUAUUAAGGUCUUCCCAAACUCAAGAAUUCUGUCAAAAACAAGUGCAUUAAAAAUAUAGCAAAGAGGGUUGUUAGUAAUACUAUUAAGUUACCCAUCCGUUGGAUAAGAAGAAUACCAUACAAUAGAUAUACUUUUGAGAAGAUACUUGUAAAACGUUAUGUUUGGACAAUUGUCUUUGAUAAAUGUGGCUUUAAAAUCUUUAAUGAAGAGAAUGAUGGCAGAAGUAGUGAGCAAGCAAAUUGGCCCAUACGAGUCAAUAAAAAUCAAGUGAGAGAAACGAGUUCUUAUAUAUUAGGCAUCUUCGUAUUCAUUUGCAGUGAAGGCUGCUGGUUUGCAUUUUUGGGAUGCAAAAAGUACUCCCCACAAAGAUCUUAAAAACACAAAGGAUUGCUAUCAUUCCUGUCAGCAUACAAAGAUCUUUAUAUUUAAAUGAAUUAUUUUUUUCAAUCAGAAAAAAAUGGUUGAUAAUAUAAAAAUGCUGAAACUUUCACUGAUUAGACUUUUUGGCAAUUAAUUGUUUGGUCAAAAUUUUUCAUUUUGAUUUUAUUUAAUGGGAAGAAAACAAGCAGACAUUAAAAUCUAACAGGUUUAAACAACUUAUAAAUGUGUUUAAUUUCUAAGAAAAAUUAAUCAAUUGAAACAAGAUUUUUAAAGUGAUUUUUAGGGAAGUUUUAGAAGACAGUAAACAGUCAUUUCAGAUCCCAUUGGGGAAUUUAAAAAACUUUUCUUUGACUCUAAACGCUGAUUUAAGAGGUGAUGUGUCAUUGCUUUUCAUUGUAAAGGAUGAAAUUUAGUGAGAUUAUAGCCUUUGAUUCAGUUAGUAUUUAUAUGAAAUAAAAACUCAAUAUCAUGGAAAAGAUUUAAACAGUGAUUGUCUCCUGAAGUGAAAACUAGGGACAUUUUGCUGCAUUUUAAAAAUCUGCUUAAAGAUAUAAGUCUUGUAGUUAAUCUGGUUUCAGGAUUAGCUAUUUUAAUUGUCAGUAUUAACUGGAUUAUCGGGUUCACUUAUUGUAAGAUCUUAACCUGAGAAAAAAGUUUUGGUAUUUAUCCAUAUCCAGAUUUAAUGGGUGAAAAGUGUAUGAGGGUAUUAUGAGCACUCUUUAUCAGAAAGUUAUUUCUUGGACCAAAACUGAGCAAUUUUUUAAUAGUUGAUCCUCUGCUCUGGCAGCUAUGAAAUUUACCAGAAAAUGAAGUCAUUCAGUACAUCUGAUCCGGGUUUAUGUUAUACCUCAAGGCAAUAUAGAUGAGUUAUUUAUUAUUCCUUAGCAUGUCAGGUCUUCCCUCCCUUCCCAGAGCUGAUAUCCUAAGUUAUUACCAAAUAGUGUUUUUGUGUUAAUUCACCAUCCUAACUGAAAAAAAUUAAGACUGAUUUCACCAUUAUUAUUUAUUCUCAGAUGAUAUGAAAUGCUAAUUUUCUGACAAUAUCAGUUUUCUAAAUUUUGUUUUAAUGAAUAAAACUGCUUUUACCUUCACUCAGUCUUUAUAAUGUAGUGCCCAUAGCAUCAGCUUCCUUUAAACCAACAGCCCAAAAGAGACCCUCUGAAACUCUAUGAUUAGGAUGUAGAAAAUCUGGACUUCUUAUCUAUAUUCUCUCCACGAAACCCAAGGUCCUAUUUUUGAAUGACACUGUGGAACUCUAGCUUGUGCUUAAUUUAGUUAAAGAUAGUGGGGCUCACUGUAGACACUACUUUGUCCUGAAAAAUAAUUCCUGAUGAGAACUUACUGACUUUUAGAGUCAUCCUGGUUGAUCAUCUGUGAAUAUAUAGAUUAACUACAUUUGUGGUUUGUAAUAAAAAAAAGUUGUACAACACUGCCUGUGUCUGUCUGUCUGCCCAAAACAUUUAUUUCACUUUUAAAAUGCACAUAUAUCUUUAGAGAGGUAGAUUAUUCUUCACAAACACUCAAAGUUCUGUUGUUUAGGAUCCUUAUAGCUCUAUCACCAUCUACACUAAAAAUGUACUUGCACAACUUAGUUAUUAAAAAAGAAUAUGUAUUUCUUCAAUAGCGGGUAUUUGAAUGUACUCUUGAUAUAUUUGAAUGUGACUCUUGGAAUUAACUGCACUAUUAUUCAUGUCUCAUACAAUAAAAUUGCACUGUAUGGCAAAUGUGUCUAUAAUGUAUGCUUUGCUAACCCUCAGAGUGCUGUAAUGUACAGGUUUCUGUAUUAUGAACCUGUCUAUAUAGUCUUUGGGAAAAAUACUGAACUUUCAUAAGUCUGUGUAACACUUUAAUAUUAUUUAGAAUGUUCCCUAAGUGAUAAGUUCACUAUGUCCUACAACUGGAAUCAUUCAUUUUGAGUUGGCUGCUUUGUCAAGCUUGGUUUACUGAACCCAGAAACAGUCUUGUCAAACAUGGUACUGUUAUCUUAGUGUGUAAGGUCUGUGUGUGGUGUUCUGCCUCAGAGGAGUGUUGCACAGAUGCUACUGUUUAAAUUUCUAUAGACAAUGGGAAUAAAAUUUGAAUAUAUUAAAAAACUGGUAAAU